GGAGUUAACGGAUUCGGGGUUCGGACUUCUACGGACAGUAAAAACUAUAUCAAGGAUCCCAGAUCCCAAUGGAUCCAGACAUAAUCAGCUCUCGCAAUUAUCACCUCAAUUAUUCCACGCAAAAUGACAACCUCCAAAAUCCUCGUUCUCAUCACCGGUGCCAAUCAAGGCAUCGGCUUCGCCGUGGCACAGCAGCUAGCUAGCUCAGGCAAGUUCCAUGUGCUAGUCGGCGCACGCACGACACUCAAGGCCGAAGCUGCAGUUAAGGAGCUGGAAUCGGAUGCAGUGGACAAAUCAGCUCUCACACCCAUUACCAUCGAUGUGACAGAUGAUGCGUCCAUCGCUGCAGCUGCGCAGACCGUCUCGGAAACAUUCGGACGUCUGGACAUCCUGAUCAAUAAUGCGGGCAUUGCGCAGACACCCGCCACUACCCUGCGCGAGCAAUACCGGCAAGUUUUCGAUGUCAACGUGUUUGGCAUAGUGGUUGUCAUGGAUACAUUCCUCCCAUUGCUGCGUGCAUCGGCGUAUCCCGAUCGCCGCAUUGUCAAUGUCACGUCCGGGCAGGGUCUGAUCAGCAGAGCCGGCCACAAGGAUCAUCCGGCUAGCGCAAAGACCUAUUUCAUACCUGACUACCGCAGUAGCAAAGCAGCGGUUAAUAUGAUCACCGUCGCUCAUGCGGUAAAGCUGGCUGAUGAGAAGAUUGCUGUCAUUGCGGCUGCCCCGGGCUACUGCCGCACCAGUAUCAACGGAGGUCAAGGAGUCAAGGAAGCAAGCGACGGGGCCAGGGUCAUUGUGCGCGCUGCCACAGAAGGCGACCCGGAGAAACUGAGUGGGACGUUCGUCGCGGACGAACAAUGGGGCCUUGGGUGGUGAUAGCGCGUAAGGGAGCAAAUAAGCGAACGUUUCUGAGCAUGGCUGCGACCGAUCAAUGUGUUUAGUAUUGUCGGAAAUUAUUGAAACACGAAAUUUGAAGAGACAGGCUAAAAGCUAAAAUAAACCAUGUUCUCCACGCCUGGGUAUUUGUUCACGCCACGGAAACGCCUUUAAAGAACUCCAACAUACAGAGU